AGACAUGUGAUUUUGUAUACAUUUCUCACGCAAUCAAUUGUUUUGACAUUCAUUUGAUUACAAAGUUUUUAAAGUAAUCGUUUGAGAGAUGUAUACAAACUGUUUGUCACGAAACAGAUUACUCACGAGUGGUGGACAAUGGAAACGAUUGAUGUCUUCACUCAGUAAUUGUCGACAACGAAAGUCACAGGAGAUGGAAGUGAUUGAAAGACAUGUCAAACCAUUGAAUCAAAUGAUUAUUAAAAGAGACAUUCAAUCGGUGUUCACGAGAAAAGUCUUCAAACAAAGAGAUCUGAAGAUAUUUUCGACAAUAAAUCGGCUUUUAUUCAUUCAGACCGAAGACACGCCGAAUCCAAAUAGUCUUAAGUUUGUUCCCGGCGUUCCAGUGAUGUCUUCGGGAACCAUAGACUUCCCGAACGUGAGGUCAGCUCUAAAUAAGUCCCGAUUGGCUGAACAACUCUUCCGCAUAGAAGGUGUCAGCGGAGUAUUCUUUGGAUCAGAUUUUAUCACAAUAACUAAAACCGACGAUGAAGUCGAGUGGAGACUUUUGAAGCCCGAGAUCUUCGCCACAAUUGUCGACUACUUGGCGACCGGUCUUCCCAUUGUUAACGAGUCCGAAGACACUCAACAAACAGGCAACGAAGAAGAGGUUUCAGAAGAUAGCGAAACCGUGCAAAUGAUUAAAGAAUUAUUAGAAACAAGAAUCAGACCCACAGUACAGGAAGACGGAGGAGAUGUCAAGUAUAUGGGCUUCGAGAACGGAACCGUUAAACUCAAACUUCAAGGCGCCUGUACUUCGUGUCCCUCUUCUAUAGUCACACUGAAGAAUGGUAUUCAAAAUAUGCUUCAGUUUUAUGUGCCAGAAGUGACAAAUGUUGAACAGGUGACCGACGAGUUGGACGCUUUGGGUGACACAGAGUUCCAGAAGUUUGAGAAGAAGUUGGACAAUACAAAAGAAGAGUCAGAAAGUACUAAAAAAUCUUAAAUAUUUUUAUUCACACCUAAUAAUUGCAAAAUUUAAUUUCAAUAUAAAAUAGUUAAGUAAACAAAAUUUGUGAGUUUGAUAUAAAUAGUAAAUAAAUGUUCACUUCAGAGACAUAAUUACAAAUAAAUA